CAAGAGCAUAAGAGUCAUUCUAUAGACCGUUCAAUGUUUUGACCUAGGUUAAUACCAGAGCUCUACAGUGCUCUACAUUCUGAUCUGGCAAGAAGGAAUAUUUAUGAUCAGGUGAACGUUAUCAAGUAAGUCUAUGUACGUCACACAUGAGGUCGUUUACCAGUUACGGGAACUUUCUCGAGGAAUGUCCAUGCUGACUCACAUGCCCUGUAAUCAGGAGGGGUUUGAGGGUCCAGCAGGCUUUAAAAGCAUGUGAGUAGGAAGACGAAACACUGGAAAGGAAAAACAUCACAGGUGCUGUAGGUUUUUAUUGUUGGAACAUCCUCGGACAAAAUGACAGUCAGCGUGUUUCUGGCUCUAUUGCUCCCCCUGCUGGUUGGGAGCACCUCAGUUUCUCAGGAACUGUUCCCAACAGACUGCUCUGACGUCUACACUAACGGACAAACCCUGAGUGGAGUUUACACCAUCUACCCUGCAGGUGACACACCUGUACAGGUGUACUGUGACAUGGGCUGUAAUGGACAGACAGAGGAUGCGAAGUGGACGGUGAUUCAGAGGAGAAUGGAUGGCAGUGUGAACUUCUACAGACCAUGGGAGCAGUACAAGAAAGGAUUUGGGAACAAAUACGGAGAAUACUGGCUGGGAUUGGAGAACCUCUAUCAGCUCACGCGCAAGAGGAAGUAUGAGCUGAGAGUGGACCUGCAGGACUUUGAGGCAGUGAAGGUUUAUGCCCAGUACUCUACUUUCUCUGUGGAAUCGGAAACUGAUGGCUACAAACUGCAUGUUGAUGGAUUCAUCAAUGGAGGAGCAGGUGAUUCACUGGCAACGUCAAAUGGACAGAAGUUCUCCACCUUCGACAAAGACCAGGACUCUACCGUGGACCAGAACUGUGCUAAAUCCUACCUCGGAGGGUUUUGGUACAAUGCUUGCCACUAUGCGAACCCCAACGGCAUCUAUCUGUGGGGAAAGGAUGGCACCCUUUUCGCUAUUGGAAAUGUGUGGUACCACUGGAAAGGCUAUGAUUAUGGUCUUAAGUUCAUCAGUAUGAAGAUCAGGCCUGUGCCUUAGAUGGGUAUACUUUGUUUUAUUUUUUUCUAUUUAGCAUGUAAUAUUUGCAGGUAGACACAAAGAAGAGCGUUAAAAUCUGUGUAAAUAUUUUUCAGUCCUUCCAUUUUAAUAAAGGUUUAUUGUUAUACAGGA